AUGAUUUCAAGGUGGGCAGUACAGCGAAGCGCAAGCCAGUGGAGCAAGCGAGGGAGGGAAAGUAGUGUGCCAGAGGGUUCUCGAGAGUGGGUGAAGAAGCUUCCAGCAUUGAGCAAGAGUAUCCCAGAAGAUGCAAUCGCCAUCACGCACACACGUAGCUCGGGCAGUGGGGGGCAGCAUGUGAACAAGACGGCGAGCAAAGCAGUAGGGCGAAUGGGAGUGGUACAGGAGUGGUUACCUGCUUAUGUGCACACAGCGCUACGAAUUGACCCCCACUACGUCCGUUCGAGCGACGCAAUCGUUGCAGCAGACUCGAGCAGCCGGUCAGCACAACAGAAUGCAGCGUGUGUGAGAAGGCGUAUUGCGCAAAUUAUCGCUCAUGCUAGCUCCCGCAACAUUCCCGGAGAUACUGCCCCAGCCAAGUCGCAGCGUGUAGAGCAGCUCAAGCGCAAGGAAAGCGCGAGCAUGGAGAGGCGCAAGAAAAUGCACAAGGAAAAGAAACAGCUGAGACGAGGCGACUAA